AUGCGUAAUUACACUGAAAGUCCUGGGAUUUUGGACUAUUUUUAUACUAAAGUAAGGUAAUUUUAUGUUUAUAAAAGGUUUUGAGAAUUCGGAUGGUUCGAGGAGUUCUUCCGUGAAUCACGACGCGAUAAGACAUGGGUUUCAAACCAAUAUUUUGGACUUUAUAUCUCUUCAAAGGGCUGCGCAGCCGGUACCCUCAGACGGAAACGGUAAUAAAUAAGUUUAGGUAUUGUACCUGAGCGUUUCUCUCUAUAAUGCCUUGUGGUUUUUAAUCCCUAUUUUUUAGCUCUGGAGCCACCGUUGAAAAGGUUUCGUACCGCGAAUAAGUUUAGAUCUCAUCCAGCUAAGCUUCAUUCAGAAGUUUUGUUCAAUGAAUUUCCUGGAAGUAAGUGUAAUUGCUCUCAUUAUGGGCGAGAAUCAGUUAUACAUCGACAGUUCCCUGGGGAGAAACCUGUACCUCUAUGUGUUUUGGACUCAAAGUAAGUGGCAAUUUUCUUUAAUCGUAUUUUAGUAAUUCAAAUUCACUUUAUCAAUACUUUGUGGAGGUCAGAAGUGAUACCCAUUCAUUUCGGAAGAUCUCAAAAAUUGAAAACAACGGAUUUAAAUACAGAUUCGAAGGAUUUACCUUGCUCUUCCACAAGCCUGUAUCCAAAUUCUUUUUGGAAACGACUUUCACGCGUAUUCUCUCAGGAUUUGAAGUCAGAUUAGUCGAAUUACCUCCUGUACAAGUAAGGGGAUGUCAGAUUAAUGAUAAUAGGAAUAUUUUUUUUGUUUCAGGGUUACUCCGUUGAAGACUUGGAGAUGUUUCACUCUUAUUUAUUUGAAGGAUUGUUGGAGUUAUACAGUAUCGAUAGAGGAUUCAUGGAUUCUGAUUCUUGUCCCACUUAUCACAUUUUCCCCAGAUUUGUGAACUUUUCAGGUAAUUAAACGCUUUUCCAAGUCUAGUUUUAGGUUGUAAUGGUGCUGAAGUCAAAUCUGUCCUUCCAAUGGCUUCUGUUUUACAGCAUCUCGUGGAAAGUUUCUCUCCAAUUAUGGCCAAAAAACAAGGCGGGAAGUUAUUAAAAGACGAAUUAGUAUGCAACCCAUUAAAGGUAAGUAUCCAAUUGGAAGUGUUGUUAUUUUUAGAGACCAUGUUGUAUCCGAGUUGAUAACGAUAGAAGGGAUAUCACGGGAACUCUCCGGCAUUUCACAAUGAGAUCAUCCAAACAUGCAACUAUGGCAAAACAGAAAUUAAUAGCGGCUCAGAAGAAGUACAAAGUGCUAAGGGACAAGUUAUCUGCCCAAAGAGAUUUUGUGAGUGAAAUAGAUCGAGAGGAAUUCAAAAAUGUUAUGGAAGAGAUAAGAGAGCUCAGAGUGAGAAGGUAAGGACUAAUAUAAUCAUCAGCAGUUGAUUAUUGCGGAUCAUUAUCGUAUCUUUGUUUAGUGGACAUAAAAGAUCUUUACCUGUGGAUCUGACAUCCGAGGACUUUCUCUCUACCGGACUGUGUUUUGAUGUUGUUCAUCAUGCUUUGAUAGCUUUGGCUAUUGUUUUCAAAGUCAGAUAUCAUUGGUCUUUAGAUGAAUUCGAAAAGAAAAUAGACUAUCAUUUUAAGGUAAGAUGAUUGAGCAAUCGAAAUAAGCUUUUAGAAGCGAGAAUUACUGGAAUUGGCUUUCACCCACCCCUCUUAUUACACUGACUUCCUCACGGACAUUGAUCAUCUAAAGAACACUCUCAGGAAUUGCGGUUACAAUCAGAUUCCAGAGAUGAAAAUUAAGAUUAAAGGAGAGAAAAAGAAAGGAAUCGAGAACCUGAUGGAGACGAUGGCCAUGCCUGGAUGCAAACAAGAAGAGGAGUCGGCUUUAGGGCAUAAUGAAAGACUGGAGUUUUUGGGAGAUGCGGUGGUUGAAUUGGUGACCACCUAUCAUCUCUUCUUUCUAUUACCUCAUGUGGAAGAAGGUGUCUUGGCCGCUCUUAGAUCAAAAUUUGUGAGAAAUCUUCACUUGGGAAUGGUCGGGCAGAGACUGGAGAUCCAUAAGUAUCUCCUCAGAGGUCAUGGAGUGGAAGUUUGUAAAGAGGAUGGGAUGAAGAAGGACAUUGCCAAUGCUUUCGAGGCUCUAAUGGCCGCAAUUUACUUGGACUCGGAUGUCAACACAUGUGAUCGGUAAGGGUAAUACCAGUUUUAGGGAUUGUGUCGUUAUUCCUACACUACCUAUUUCCUAAUGAGUUACAAUUUAUGAAAAUUACUAUUGAUCUGAAUUUGUAGUAUUCUGUCGAACGCCUUCUUCGGCCAUACCCCCGAUCUUUCUAAUCUCUGGACUCGACCUCAAGAGUAUCCGUUAAAAGCCAAUUCGCCUUCGGAUAGACAUUGGAUUCCGAAAGUGAAAUGGCUUCAGAGGUUGACGGAGCUCGAAGAUUACAUCGGGAUCUAUUUCCAUCAUAUUCGAGUAUUAGCCAGGGCUUUUACCCGUCGGAAUGUUGGUUAUAACAACCUUACACAGUGAGUAGUAGUCGGUAAUAUAAAAUCAAUUGUUGCAUUUUAGAGGUCACAAUCAAACCUUAGAAUUUCUCGGGGAUACUGUACUUCAAUUCUUUGUCUCUGAUUAUGUUUAUCGUCAUUUCCCUAAUCAUCAUGAGGGACAUCUGAGUUUAUUGAGAAGUUGCCUUGUCAGUAAUAAGACUCAAUCUCUUAUUUGUGAUGAACUUGGGUUACCCAAGUACCUUGUGAAUCCUGGACAAAGUCAAGGACCUUUGGGAUUGAAGGAUAAAGCUGAUCUGGUAGAAUGUAAGUUGCCUGCAAAGAAGAUUAAUAAUUGUCUUAGCUUUGAUUGGAGCCAUUUAUGUUGAUCGAGGAUUCAAUUUCUGCGAAGCUUUCAUCCGUAUCUGCUUCUAUCCUCGGCUUUCCUAUUUCAUUUUCUCCGCCCGAUGGAAUGAUCCUAAGUCCCAGCUUCAGCAGUGCUGUUUGUCCCUCAAAAGUCAGGGCAUUGAAGCCACCGAGGUCCCUGAAUACAGGGUUGUCGGAGUUGAUGGACCCACAAAUUCAAGAGAAUACAAGAUUGUCGUAUAUUACAAGUGAGUCUAAAAUUAUUUUUCUUUUGGAAACAGUCCUGUAUUCGUUGCUUAUUUGUUUAGAGGACGACGUCUAGGUUCUGGAGUUGGUAAGACCGUUCAUGAUGCGGAGAUGGAUGCAGCGGAGAAUGCCUUGGUCAGGAAUGCAUAUCUGUUCAGUCAAUUCGACCUCGAGGCCACGUAUAUGGGAGAGAGAAUCAAAUCUUAUCAUCAACUGAAGGAAGAACCAAUAUCCUCCGAGAGUUCAAAUGAGGAUGAAUUUGAAGAAAAGAUGGAGGGGACCUCGAUAAAAACUGAAUUUGUGGCCGUCCUGAUCUCCGAUGAAUCCGAUUCCGAUUAA